GAUCCGAAUCUCUCUUACCCGCAGGUCCCCGGAACUCCAUGAUCCUUCAGCCGCCCAUGGAGCUGGGCCGUCCAACUGGGGCCCAGAAAGACCCCAGGGAAGUGCAGGGGCCAGACAGGACCCUGGAUGGCUGCUCCCUUCCCCAAGGAAUUCAGCCUCAGAGCACCAGUCAAUUGCUGGAGGAGCAUCAGGACUCUCUUCAGAAGCACUUCAAGUCUGAGGAGAACAUGGUCUCCCAUUUUUCCCACCUCAGCCUGGACAAUGAUCACCCCUACUGUGGUUCAUCAGUAGCUUUCUCCAUGGGCACCCCAGCCCCACCUGUGAUCAGGCCUUUAGAAGAUUCUCUUCACUCAACUGGGGAUCUUGGGGUCCUCUGCCCCAGCCUCCUGCUGGCCCUGAAUCCCCACUCAGAGCUACUUCUCUGGCAGUAUCCAGGAAAUCAAAUCCCAGAAAUCCUUCGGCUGCUGAGACUGAGGGGCUCCCAGGUAUACCAAAACCACAACCCCCAUAGUGGGGAGGCAAUGGAGCUCUGAGCCUCAAGCAACUGCCCCAGUCCCUCAGGAACUCAAGCCUCUCGGUGCCCCCAACCCCAUCUCCAGGAGUUGGAGAUGUGCAGGAGUUGGAGAUGUACAGAAUCUGGCCUUCUCCGGAAACCACAAAUUCAAAGACCAAAGAGGGUCUAGAUAUCCAUAUAUUGUACACAGAAAUAGAGAAUAGCACUCUCAGGUUUGAGAUAAGUCUGUUACACUCACUCACACUCACAAGAGGUGGUAGAGGCAAUAGAACCACAGACUGUCCACUGUGAAAAACAGAGGGUAAGGAACAUCUAGGGGAUGGGGUGGCUCCCAUAAUGGGGGUUUUUGUGAAUGUAAAAUAAA